AAACUUACUGGAGCUGGGAAGACGAGUUAAUAGGUCGACUAAAGUCAUGCGCCCUUCAUACGACAGUCGAUAGGACGGAAUGGGCAAGCCGCGAGGAUGUCGAGGCCAUGUGGGACUCGGUUUACCGAGGACAACAUGCACGAAUACAAGAGCCUCAAACCGAAAUCCACCAAGGAGAACAAGCACGAAUACAAGAGUCUGAAACCGAAAGCGUGUCGGGUAUUCUGAAGGUGCUGAGUGGAUUUACGGCGGAUCAAUUGCAUCUGAUGCUUUUGACAGAUGGAAUGGAAGGAUUAGAUAUUGAGGAUGUUGAUGAUAGUUUGGCAGCUGGGAAGAGUAGGAAAAAGCAACUCCAUCUCUACCAAAAGAAUCACCCUGGAGAGACUUUCAUACCGGCUUUUUCACUGGGAUAUGCGUACGACUCUGCAGACGUCUCAGGAAGACUUUUCCCUCUCGAUCUUCCUGACAUUGCAUACGAUCUUCCUCCUCCCAUCCAUCCCCCUCAGUUGCUGUUGUGAUGACUAACAUCCGGAUGAAUUGCUGCUGACUUAGGCAGUAACCGCCGGUCUCAAUACGAUGGGGAGAAACGAUAUGUUAUUUCACUCUAAUGUCAUACUGUAACAUAAUUCAUGUCUUAAACGCGAUAGGAAGGUACUAAGCGGACGGGUCGAUCUGGAAGUGAGAAGGAAAUUGUAGAUGGCACGAUGCACAUAUACGUCAGCG